AUGUGGGACAGACUCAGGAGCGUGCCCCAAAGCUCAGGGCGACAAACGGGCCGCGGACACCCACUCGACGACGGGGGGAUGAGCGUGGGUUUGGGCAUUGGCUACGGCGGCCUGAGCAGUGCGCCGCCGAAGGGAUACAGCUACUCCAUCAAGGGCGGUCCGGCACCCCAACGACCACCUCGGGAGUUUUUCGAAUCGCGAUACUUACAACUCUGGAACCCCUCCAUCACCUCGCCUGCGCCCAGGAACCUGAACUGCGACCUGGAGCAUCCCAGCCAAACACACGCGUGGCCGCAAGUGAGCGAAACUGCGCCUGCCGUCAAAGAACCGCCUCGUCGCAACCCAAACCGCAUCACAGUCCGCACUGCGAAUUUCCGCCCCGCAUCCUCUGUUUACUCAGAAGACUCUCACUACACCGCAAACGUGGCGACCAAAUACGACGAGGAUGACGCACCGGGCAUACCACCAUACGGGUUCUUCCCAAAUUCCGACAUUUCGAGAAACGAUCGAGGGGGCUCAAACCAUAUGUUGCUGCGGAGCCACGGCAGGGGACUCAGAGCCCUCCGCUCGAACCGUGCGAUAACCCAGCAUCCCCAUGGAUGCGCAAGGGAAGCGCAGGAAAACAGUCGGAACGCUGGCGACGCGGCGACAUGCAUUUCUAGCCCAUCGUGGGUCCGGCACCGGCAUCAAUCCCGGAAUCCACCCGCCCGGGACGCCCCCCGGUGGGACCCACUCACCGGCGAACAGACGAGCAGCUCUCGUAGCCGGCCGGCCCAAGCCACCCCGGCCGACUUCAACCAAGACUUGGGAAUCACGGGGCAAGGGUGGGCGGAACCGCAGAAUGGCCCCUCGGCGGCACAGUCUUUUGGUGACCGCGUGAGGAGGAUAGCCAAGAAAGCAGCGGCUGCGAGGGAGGGUAACACUGACCCCGCCGCCGGCGCAUUUACAUCAACGCGUCCCAGCUGGCGUGGGGCAAGCGGGCGGACCGCCAUCGUUGAACCCGUGCAUGAUACGCGUGAAGUGGCCCCGUUGAGGAUUCCCGAAAAGAGCAGCAGGAGGAACAUUCCGCCUGUGGCUGCGCUGAGGUCGAACAACGCCCCAGAUGGUCCGGCCCGCCGUGGCCAGACCCCGCCUAUCAGCCCUCCGCCAUCUGAAACACCGACCAGGUCUGCCCCGCGAGAGGCCAUGGGGAGAAUUUUGACCUCGUCCCAACCCCCGGCUGCCACACAGACACCGUCCCAAACUGGUCAGAGGUACCCAAGUCCCCCUCUGUCCGGCAACCGGGUCAAGGCAGAUGCCCCCGCUGUUGCCGCUGCGCGGGAACUCGUGCGGGAUGGCCAGUACGCCCAUCCUAGCCCAGUCUUUCACUCGCCCGACUCGACCAACCAACUCCGCCGGAAGCCGCCGCCGGUGCACACCAAUGCGCACCAUCAACACCAGGUGUCUCUCUCGUCGGUCUACUCCCAGCAGACCGAACCACCACUACACCACUCCCCGCUGCCGAUAGCAGACACGUCCCCGCCAGCAGAGGAACCCUACGUCCAGCCCCCCUCCCGUUUCAGUAUCACCACCUACGCGACUAGCAACACCGGCACCACGCGUGACGACCUCGACGACCACCUCGACGGCGACCAACCCCCCGUCCCCUCUUUACCAGCCGACUACCAACAGCACUACCACAUCGCCCGGCCCUCCUCAGACCACAGCCCCGUCACUUCCCCCAUCGACCAAUUCAUGACCUCCCCCUUCUCCGCCCCGCCCCCGGUUUCUCGGACCCCCUCCACCGACCCCGAACAACAACAAUACGCCAUGUCAGCCGCCUACAACCCGGCGCUCGCGCGGGCACUCGCCAUCGACCGGCCCUCCUCGCGCGCCUCCGACAUCAACAAGACCCUCCCGCCCGCCCCGCCCGAACAGUCCGCCGACCAAGCCCAGGACCGCGUCGGCCUGCUCAACGCGCAGCUCCGGGCGCUCGCGAACCGGCGCAUCAACAUCAACCGGUCGAUCCAGCAGAUGACGGAGCUGAUGCCGACCGACAAGCUGAUGAACUCGGCCGAGGUCGUGCGCAAGCGCGAGUCCGAGAAGAAAAAGGUCGAGACCCUGCGCCAGGAGCUCGCCGACGUCCAGCGCGAGGAGUACGAGCUCGGCCUCAAGCUGCACCGCGCGUACAAGCGCCAGGAUCGCGAUGCCGAUUGGGAGCCCACGACGUUGUGGGUGAGGCGCGUUACGGGGUAA